GUCUACAACAAACUUGCAAUAUGUUUUUAUUUUCUUCAGAGGAAAGAAAGACUGUAAUCAAGUCAAAAUAAAACGAAAGAAGAUCAUCACAUAUCACCUAUAAAGAUUGAGAGAAAGAGGUUGGACCAAUCAGAACAUGUCUCCAUCAACAAACUCUACACUAGCAACCUGUUUUGGAUGAUGUAGCUGUGUUGCUCGUUAUUGAUGAUAUUAAAUGACCUACAGUCUACACAUAUCCUAAUUAACAUUAACAGAAAAAAGUUUUGCCAAUGUUUGUCAUUGCAACAAAUUUAUGUGAUAAGUAUGUGAUGUUGGCUGGAAGACUUUCAUCAGUUUUGAUGUUUUUCUUCCGCUUUGCCUGGCAAUCCAGAUUCACCCUACCAAGCAUCCUUGUAACAGCAUGGACACUUAACAUUCGAGUGAGAGUAGAGAUUGAAUUUCAAAAUGUAGGCUGAGAUAUAUCCAGAAAUUCAAUUGUUUAUUUUAUUGAUACAUUUGAAUGUAAGUUAUAGCUGACUGUCAUAAUGUAAUCACUUGAAAAUUUGUUUUUACUUCACAUUCCGUCCAAAGAAACUGUGAUAUUUUAGUUACAAUGAGUCGAGGUGUAAGAGACUUGCGUGACCUGAUAUGUGUUUCUCGCUUAACCUUUCGGGACAGUGAUGAUGAAGAGCCCCAAUUUCUCACUGACGAUGAAGUGGUAGCCAAAGAAUUUGAUCAGUUGUCAAUCAGUAGUUCUGACUCGGUGGGAGGGGUAGAAUCUACAAAUGGAGGGAGGCAUAUAUCCCCUGACUCUGGGUGUGUUACAAAUGGCAGCACACCUCCAGAAUUGCCAGUGGAGGAGGAUACACACUUAUCCACAACACCGGUUGUUGUUAAGUCUCCACCUGUCCCUACCAAAGUUGGCAGAACCAGAAGGAAGAAAAAGAGGGUUCACAAAGUACUAAGUACAGAACCCACUAGACAUGAACUACCAAAACCACCAAGAAUUCCUCCAUUGCGCUCACAAUAUAAAACAAACUUUAGUUCUGACAAUGAUUCAGAUGUAGACAUGGAGUCACAGCCUUUGCAGAGAUAUGGUUCACAGAUAGCCAAUUCUAGGAAGUCACAGGCACAGGGAAACUUUGAUGAAGUUCUGUGCUACAUGGAUGCUACUGUUGUCUCCAAUUGGUUGGAAAGAGCCAACAGGAUGGUAACAGAGAUAACAAGCUAUUGUAAUAGUGAAGACAACUUUGUAACAUUUGCACAUUUUUGGUUUUCUGGUUUUGAAGAUGUCCAGAAGAUUGAAUUGUUUGAUUUAGAACAUAGCAUUUUAGUUGAGGAAAUGAGCUUUGCGUUUGCUGUAGGAAAGGACCAGGGAAAAGUGAAUCAAAGAGACAUCAAUAACUUUAUUAGAGCCUUGUUCCGGGAAUAUCCUGACAAAUUGCUUAGUGCAAAGGGACCCAAUAUGUUCUUGAACCAUUUGGAUGUUCUGUCAUCACAGAAACAUACUCAGUAUAAAAAGUUGUUGUCAGAUGUCAAAUGUUCUACCAAAAACAAACAGUAUGCCCAGUGGAUACUGGCCACUCGUUCAUUUGCCUUAGUCAGUGUGUGGUCAGCAGUAGUGAACUUUUACCGCAACCUACUAGGGAAGGUAUCACCCCCAAGGCCACCCUCCAGUCGCCUGAGUGUAGAGGAGGACAUCAACCUAACCAGAUUAGGACAGGCCAUCAGACUGGGAUUUGUGGAUGUGGUGCACUACUACUUUACGGAAGGUCAUAUCAAGCCGCACUACAUUGAUACACAUGGCCGUACCUUCAUCUUUUCUGCUGUCAUGUACAACCAGUGUGAUGUGCUGCACUACCUCAUCAACAGGGUGAAGCCUGCAAUAGAUGUGAACCAGGCAGCAGACACUGGAAACACUCCUCUUCAUGCAGCAGCAAACACUGGCAAUAAUCGCCUGGUGGAGAUUCUGUUGCGAUGUCCCAACAUCAGCGUGAACUCGAUUAACCCCCAGUGUGAGGAUGCUACACCUCUUCACCUUGCAGUCAUGCAUGGUCACAAAACUGUUGUUGAAAUGCUUGUUAAGGCCAAAGCAGACUUGUCUCUGAAGAUGGGAGAAUUGAAAGCAGAGGACAUUGCUAAGCAGUUUGGUAGCUUUUCUACAUUAAAGGUGCUAAGAGAUUCCUGCUGACCUUAUUAGCAUGCUCAAUGCAUUAUGUGUCUUAUUGCCGAUAUGCCAAGCAUUUCAUGUAGUGUGAAAAAUCAGUGGUCCUCGGCAUUAUAUGUUGGUGACAAGAGAACAAGCAAUUGUUCACUCUUCAAUGUUUGUGGACAUUUUUAAAACACAAAGUGUGGAAGGAAAGCACUAUUUAUAACUUGUUUGUUGACAGUUUAUAUUUUGUCAGAAUUUUUGUAUCAUGACUGCCAUGUUUGCUAUAUUUCUGUACUUCAUUUCAUAGACAUAUUCAAUGAACUUACACAUAGACACAGAACAAUCAACAACCUAUCAUAUUCAAAAUAAUGUCUGAAACAACAGAUGAAAUCUAGUUUUACUGGAGAACUCGUUUAUUUAUAGAAAUCUUUGGAUUAAAUUUUUAAACAGAUUACAUUAUUGUACUGAGUGCCGACAAACUGUCAGUAAUAUCAAUAACUUUAUGAUAAUGUGCACUUGGAACUUAAUCUACAGAAAACAAAACAUUAACAUAUGAUAUAUUUUGGAUAGAUUCAUGUGCACUUGAUAAUGUUGUGGAUAUGAACAUAUUUUACUGAGGUAAUGUUGCGUUAUAGCAAUGAGAAUUUUAGAAUGACUUGAUAAUUAGGAUGUUUUGAAGGACUGUGUGAGUUCCAUGAAUAUUUGAUGUUCUUAACAUGUAAAUAGAUCAUACACUAAGUAUUUAUUCUGUCACAGAGUGUAGCACAGCCCUCUGUCACAGAGUGUAGUACCGCUCUCUGUCACAGAGUUUAGUACAGCUCUCUGUCACUGUGUGUAGUACCGCUCUCUGUCACAGAGUGUAGUAACGCUCUCUGUCACAGAGUGUAGUACAGCCCUCUGUCACUGAGUGUAGUACAGCUCUCUGUCACAGAGUGUAGUACAGCCCUCUGUCACAGUGUGUAGUACAGCCCUCUGUCACAGAGUGUAGUACCGCUCUCUGUUUUUAAUCAUUUAAGAAAUUUGCAUUCCACUGUUUCUGAUUCAGAAUCAGUGAGAUGCAUUACAUUAUAACAAUAGUCAUUUUGUGUGCAUUGUAAUUCUUAAAACUUCAUCCCUCUCUUAAGUAAAUGCCCAAUUCCAGAACCAGAUUCAUCAGAAUGGAGACACAUGACAACAAAUUUAUUCAAAAGCAAAUCGGUCAGCUUAACGCAUUUAAAAUGCACAUAUUAAACCUUGGAGCUUUAGAAAGCAUUGCAUAAUCAUUUUUCAUCAACAAGAGUCAUAAUGUAUUGUACCUGGUAGUUUUUAGUAAAUCUGAAUUAAAACAGACCAUAUCUGGUAUGAAAUGCCUUUGAUACCUUGAAUUAUAUAUUGAUCUGUUACAGUUAUAUUUACAAACAAUGUUUUGUUUCCUACAUAUAUAUUCUUAACAUUGAUAUAAAAUGUAUGGAAAGUUUUCUGACAUUUCUCAAACCAUGGUGACCUCAUUUUAUCAUAAUUUCAUACCUACCACUGACUGAUCAAAUUUAGAAAAAAAAUCUUAAUAUAAUUUAUUAACUUUGAAAAGAAUUUGUUUUCUGAAUACAUGAUGUGAAACAGCAUUGGUGCUUUGUGUGCUUUAUUGUCAUAAUAUUCGGAUGGAAGUAAAUAUUUAUUUUCAACUUACUGUGCUUACAUGUUUUAGAUAUUGAAUUCAUAUACUAAACAAAUUUGGCAGAAAGAUAAUGAAAAUACAUUGUACACUCUAAUAUUGUUUGUUAGAUGAAAGAUAUUGUCAGAAAUAACUGGUAAAAUAAUUACCAAUGAAGUUUUGAAAAAUGCAAGGAUGCAUUUACAUUAAAAUGAAGGAAUGUAAUAAAGCUCACUACACUUAACCCACAUAAGUUCUGGGUUGAAAAUCGCUUUUAAACUAUUUUUGCAUCCAUUUAUACAGUAAGGGGAGAGUCAUAUGCAAUUAAUCUUUCGUGUGAUUGGUCUUGGUAAGUCAGAAUAUUAUGUAAUUAGAGGAUAUAACUUACUGUUUGGAGAAAUCAUACUAUUAUUUUUUUGCCCUGCAAGUAAUUUUGAGGAAACAAUAAAAGUGUAGUUGCACUAUAGACCUCACAGAUCCCAAGUGGUACUGUGUUAGCACUAGUCAGCUGAUUUCAGACAUACAUGUAUGUAAUCACUGAGAUUUGUUGAAGCCCAUCAAACCACAGGGGCAUGUCAAAAUAGAUUUUCAAAUUUAGAUUUGCUUCAAAGAUUUACAGAGUCAGUGAUUUGUGGUUUGGGUAGAUUUGAACUUUAAAGUCUAUUGCCACAUGUCUUUGUGAUGAAACUCUUACUGUUUUGAGGAAUACAGGUACAUCAUGUAUGUACUCCUUAUCUUUUAGCUUCUGUGAUAUAUCGAUUGUAAAACUGCUCCAGGAGACAAGAAUUCUUUUAUAUAAUAAAGUGUUUGUUAUAUUGAU